AUGGAACCAAAUGUUGAAACCACCCCCACUCUCCUCAAUGACAAAGCUUUCACCUUUCUUGAAAGGUUCAUGUGUGAUGAUCUCCCUGACACCUUGCUUCUAUUCAAUGUCAAAAUCGAGCUUGCCAUUGUGGGCAUCACCUUCAAAGUGGAGGAAUGGAUAGACCUGAUCAAUAUCAUCAUAUUGAAUCCAAAGGGCAUAGGGAUAAAUGCCAUCAAGGCUGUGUGGGAGCUCACACAAACUAAGGUAGUCCCAGUAGUUCCCUUGUUGGAAGAUGCUGCUGCAUGGCAGUUGGUUUUGUGUUGGGCAAGUCAUGAUAGCCUCUCCUUUGCCAAUUUCUUGACAGAGAUGGAGAAAUUUGGCAACAGGUACCAGUUUGACAAGUGGAAGCCCACCUUUGACCAAGUAUUUGAAGCAUCUUGGGAGGGUACUGCUGUUGAGGUUGUUAGGGCAGCCAUGGCUGAGCAUGGCAUUGUUGAGCCCUCUUACGACAUUCCCAGUGUCAUCCUCUCCCCCCCAAGCUCCUUCAUCACAGACUUGCAAAAGCUCACACAGAUCCCACCACUCUCUAUGCCCAGCAAAGCAUCCAAGAAUGAGCAAGUCCACUUCCCAAUAUCUGGAUAUUUCUGUGUGGGAGGACAAAGAGGACAAAGAGGAAGAUGA